AUGAAGAUAAACAAUUGGUUUGGCGUUGCAACAUGGCGAUGGUGUACUAAUGACAGUACUUGUGGAAUCUGUCGCAACACUUUUGAGACAUGCUGCGCCGACUGCAAACUGCCGGGUGAUGACUGUCCUCUUGUUUGGGGUCAGUGUUCGCACUGCUUUCACAUGCAUUGCAUCAUCAAUUGGCUGAAUACACGACAAAGCGGUCAACCGUGCCCACUGUGUAGGCAAGAAUGGAAGUUUAGAGAAUAA